CAUCCCUCCGCUGCCCGCUGUGCGGAGCCCGCGACCCACCCGCUGUGGACGGUGUCCGCUGUGCCGACCCGCGGUGCCGGCCCGCUGUGCCGACCGUGUCCGCCUUGUGCGCGCUGCUGCCGCUGCACGACCCGGGAGAGACGCCGGCGUGGUGGUGAUUGGAGAGCCGCGCGGAGAGCUCCCACGCCCCGGCGCUGCCUCGGGAGCCCAGCCUGCUUGUCAGCCCCGUCCUCGUGGCCUGCGGGGCACCAUGAGCUGUGUCCUGAACAGAGUCGUCCCCUUGGGGCUGGUGCUCCUGGUCUGCGGAGCCCAAGGCGUUUUCCUGCCCAACAUCACUCAGUUGGAGAAGCUGCUCAGCAAAUACCAGCAGGACAAGCCGCACUCCCGGGUCCGGAGGGCCAUCCCCAGGUCGGACAGGGAGGAGAUCCUCAUGCUUCAUAACAAACUCAGGGGCCAGGUGUACCCCCCGGCCUCCAACAUGGAGUACAUGACUUGGGACGAGGAGCUGGAGCGGUCAGCGGCGGCCUGGGCUCACGAGUGCAUCUGGGAGCACGGGCCCACCAGUCUGCUGGUGUCCAUAGGGCAGAACCUGGCGGUCCACUGGGGCAGGUACCGCUCUCCCGGCUUCCACGUACAGUCCUGGUAUGACGAGGUGAAGGACUACACCUACCCCUACCCCCACGAGUGCAACCCCUGGUGUCCGGAGAGGUGCUCUGGGCCCAUGUGCACCCACUACACACAGAUAGUCUGGGCCGCCACCAACAAGAUUGGCUGUGCUGUGAACACCUGCCAGAGGAUGAACGUUUGGGGAGAUGUUUGGGAGAAUGCGGUCUACCUCGUCUGUAAUUACUCUCCAAAGGGGAACUGGAUCGGAGAAGCCCCGUACAGAACCGGCCGGCCCUGCUCCGAGUGCCCGCCCAGCUAUGGGGGCGGUUGUAAGAACAACAUGUGUUACCGAGAAGAGACUUUGACGUCCAGCCCCAAGCCGGAAACCGACGAGAUGAACGAAGUGGAGGUGGCCCCCGUUCCCGAUGACAAGCAUGUCUGGGUCCAGCCGAGGGUGGUCAGACCCACGAAGCCCAAGAAGGCGUCUGCCGUGAGCUACAUGACCCAGGCUGUCCGGUGUGACACGAAGAUGAAGGACAAGUGCAAAGGAUCUACGUGCAACAGGUACCAGUGCCCCGCGGGCUGUCUGAACAACCAGGCCAAGGUCUUCGGGACUCUCUUCUAUGAAAGUUCGUCCAGCAUAUGCCGGGCCGCCAUUCACUACGGUAUCCUGGACGCCAAAGGUGGCCUGGUGGACGUCACCAGGAACGGGAAGGUCCCCUUCUUCGUCCGGUCUGAGAGAAAUGGCGUGGAGUCUCUGAGCAAAUACAAGCCUUCCAGCUCCUUCGUGGUGUCAAAAGUGAAAGUGCAGGACGUGGACUGUUAUAGCUCCGUCGCUCAGCUCUGCCCGUUCGAGAAGGCGGGGACCCACUGCCCCAGGGUUCGGUGUCCAGCACACUGCAAAGACGAGCCAUCCUACUGGGCUCCUGUGUUUGGAACUAACAUCUAUGCAGACAGUUCGAGCAUCUGCAAGACGGCCGUGCACGCGGGAGUCAUCCAGAACGAGAGCGGGGGUUAUGUGGACCUGAUGCCCGUGGAUAAAAAGAAGGCCUACGUGGGCUCACUCAGGAACGGAGUCCAGUCUGAAAGCCUGAGGACCCCGCGUGACGGAAAGGCCUUCCGGAUCUUUGCUGUCAGGCAGUGAAUGUCCAGUGCCGGGGAGAAGGGGGCGUGCGUCUUCAAGAGGGCUUCCGAGUUUUGCUUUUUAUUUUUAUUUUGUCAUUUUGGGGGGCGGGGGGUUGGGCUGGGGAUAUAGAGAGGCAGGAAACUUCCUUUGAAUGGCGUUCAGUGUCACACCCAUUGUGCCUUUGUCUCAAACCACAUGGAGAAGCAGCCUCCUGGGGUCCCGGCCAGACAGCUGGUGACUGGUCCUGCUGGGGCCGGGGGUCUCCAUCUGUGUGCCCUCUCCUCACGGACGGUCACCGAGGCGUUCCUCCCCGGUGCUUCUCGGUGGGCAGGGAGAGGGUUCCAGGCCCACAGAGAUGGCAGGACUCGGAGCUCACGCCCGGGGGAGGCACGCAGGGGUGGGAAGAGGCAGAGUGAGCGCCAGAAAGGCGAGUUUCAGGAAUGGAGUAGAAGGUGGUUAUUUAAAAACUUUGAAAACACAGUCCGUCCCUACCGAUGGAGAAAAAUGGGUGUGACGUUUGCUGGUCAGACACAUGGGCUGGAACCAGGAGGGCUGGGGGAGCGAGGCCUGGGCCCUGCCCUGG